AUGAUAAUAGAGAAUCCGGAUCAAUUCAAGGCGUGGCUCACUGCCGUCUUGGAGCCACUGUAAGUAGGCCAGCUUGUCCGAGAACAGUUUUAGGUGUAUGUGUAUAUGCAUUUAAUGUUGUAAAUGGCCGUACAUGUGCUAUGCUUUACACCCUAUUCAGAAUUAUAUUUACAUAUACAUUAUCCUGCUUGCUUUUGAAUGUGCGUCGAUAGAUCAUUCCGAUCAACAUUCACCCACUGAAUUAUCAUGGUUUUAAUAAUGAUCGAACGAUGAUAUGUCCAAUUUCCAGACUGUUUCUCAUCCGUAUUUUACAGCGAACGCAUUUCAAAUAAUUGAACGUAGGAUAUUCAACCCGGUUGUAUUUUAGCCCGCAAUAUGAAUUUCAUGUGUAUUUUAUUCAAAUAUUGCGAUAAGAAUACACUUUUAAUGUGUUAAUUUUCCUAUAUAAACAACUUAAGCAACGAGUCGUUCCCUAAGAAUUUGUUGACAGUAAUGCUUAUUUAAAAUGUCGUUUAUCGUUUGGAAAGGGAUUUGACAUUGUCCGAAAUAGCUUCCCCUAUGUAAUUUUUGUUAGAAAUAUUUUAGUAAUUGUUAAUAUACUUGUGAUAAAAAAUGCUUCAGUUAGGGAGAGAUGUAUUUAUAAAUACAUUAAAAUUUAAAUAUGUACAGUUGUACAUUAUUUAAAUAUUUACUUAUAUUUAUUAUAUUAUAGAAAAUAAUUUGUUACUAACUUAUAGUUAAUUAAAUAGAAAUAUGUAAUUAAUUUCAUUUAUUCAUUUGUGGUUUAUUGCUCUAAUAAAAUUUAAUCUUAUUCUGUAUUUUAUAACCUAUAAACAUGAUUUAUUUGCGUAUUAUAAAUAACAAAGUAAAAUUCUUUGCUCUCUUAUUCAUUAUAUAUACAGAAUUUUCAAUGUAAACUUAUUAUGUAUAAUUGUUAUGUGAUUUUCAUAUAAUUAUAUAUAUAUCACACACACAUUAAUUCAUAUUUUAUAUAUUUAUCAUCUAAAUAUUACAUAAUUAUUUUACAAUUAUUGUUUCAAAACAAUAUCAAUAUGAUUUUACAGUUGUGAUGCAGAUCCUGCCGCAUUAGCAAAAUAUGUAUAUGCUCUUGUUAAAAAGGAUAAAACACUAGAAGAGUUGCGAGGUGGAAUGGUUGAACAGCUUGAUGUAUUUUUACAGCAAGAAACAAAAAAUUUUGUGGAAUUAUUAUUUAAAACAUUAGAAACUCAAGAAUAUGUACUUCCACCUCCGAAAAGUGAUCCAGAUGGUGGUGGAACACCACCGGGUGUAAAUCCACCACCACCAACAUUAGCUGCAGAAAAAGUAACUGAAAGUACAAUUGCAAUUACUUCUAUGAAUACAAAUCCUCCUGCUCCACUUCAAAUGAAUGGAUCUGCACCUAUGGCAAUUGGUAAACGUGAAACUAGAAAAUCAGAUUCUGAAAAAAUUGACAAAGAAAAGGAGAAACGGUCUAGGAGUCGAAGCGGUCGAAUGAGGUCUCGAACGAGAUCACGUUCACGCUCGUGGGAGAGAGAUAGACGUAGAUCAAGGAGCAGAGAACAUAUUCGUCGCGAUCGAGAACGCGACAGGAGUCGACCAUGGAGAAAUGAAUCGCCACCAAAUACACGGCGGCAUGAUAGAAGACGGAGUAGAAGUCGUAGCACAUCACCAAUACGCCCAAGAAUACGAGAUGGUCCUGACAAUCGUGAUCACAGAGCCCGAUUUAGAAACAGGUCCCCGACACCACUUCGAUCUCGGUCUCGAUCAAGAUCAUUAGAUCGUAAAAAGAUAGAUCGUACUGAAAGGAUGGAUGUAGAUAGAACAGAAAGAAUUGAUGGGAGUCCUGGUGGAGGAACUCCAACGCAGGAUAGUAAUCACGGAGAUGUAGACAUGAGGUUGUCUACUACUAGUCAAUCAAUUCAAAGCGUCGUUGCCGUUGCUUCUAGUGUUCCAAAUAGCCAACCAGGUUUUCAAGCAAAGAGGAGAUGCAGGGAUUUUGAUGAGAAAGGGUACUGCAUGCGAGGUGAUCUCUGUCCCUACGAUCAUGGUACAGAUCCAGUUGUAUUAGAAGAUGUUGCUUUAAGUCGUGUUCUGACCUUUGGUCCACAUAGUGCUCAAGCACCAGGAACAGUACCUGUAACGGCAGUACCAGAACCACCUCCAGGACCUAAUGGAAAUGCUCCCCCACAACAUCUUCCUCUUGCAAGUUUACCUCCUCCACAUUUAAGAAAUCAACAUCAUUCUAAUAUGGAUGCUUUUGCGGAAUAUAAUCCAGAUGCACCGAGUAUGGAACCUCGAAUGCCAUGGGGUAGGCAUCCUCAACCUGGACCUGGAAUUUAUGGGAGAGGUCAACGGGAACUAAUUAGUGUGCCAGUAAUUCCACAUACAAACUCGUCUGAAAUAACACAUACUCAAACAAAUCCGUUAAAACGUAAACAAGCAUUCGACUUUAAUCGUCUUGGACCAAAACAACGAGUGGUACACAACCCAGCUAAUUGUUCCCUGGAAUUAAAAAAAGUUCCACGUAGCCUGAACAACAUAACCCAACUGAAUAAUCAUUUUUCAAAAUUUGGUAAAAUUGUAAAUAUCCAAGUUAAUUUCGGCGGAGAUCCUGAGGGAGCGUUGGUUACCUUCCAGCUACCAGCUGAAGCAAAGGCUGCAUACAGAAGUACAGAGGCUGUGUUAAAUAAUAGAUUUAUCAAAGUUUUUUGGCAUAACACUGUUAACAACAAUACAGCUGGUGGUGCCAUUGAAAAUGUACCUCCAGGAUGUCGUCCUUCUGUCAAAGAACGAUUGGGUGCUGCUGUGACCACGCCAGCGAAGACCGAAGAAAAUGAAUAUAUUCCCACUCGUCGUUCAACCGAAGAACAAGUCUCACAACCUUUGGUUCCAACAUCACCAAAGACUACCACUGUUCCUACACGAGAAGACAAAGUUCUUGCAAUAAAAAAGACACAAGAAAUAUUAGCUGCUAAGGAAACGUUAAAGAAAAAACAAGAAGAGAAACGUAAGGAGGCAUUAAAAUUAACUGCCGAUUUGCGUAAGAGGAAACAGGAAUUAUUAGAUAAGCAUUUGAUAGAAAUUCGAGCUCUGAUUGACAAAGCCGAGAAAAAUCCAGAACAAAAGGAUGCAAUUAUGGCAACGAUCAAAACUAUGCAGCAAUCUAUUGAUAAUUUACGUAAAGACUUGGCUGCGAAUGGUCAAAUUGCUGGUAACAAGUCGCAAAUCAAAUCUAGAGAACAAACACAGAAAGAGAUUUUAGACGCAGAAUUAGAUUUAAUGACAGCGCAACAGGAAGGGCAAGACGCUGGAGAAUUGCAAAAGAGAUUAAACGAAUUACGAGCACAAGCUGCUGCGUUAGGUUUAAACGCAAGUCCAGCUGUUGGCCGAGGUACAAGAUCCAGUAGAGUUAUACGAGGCAGUCAUGCAUUAUCAUAUAGGGGUCGUGGCAGAGGGAGUUUUACCCAUGUUUCAGUAGAUCAUAGACCUACGAGUCUUCUAGUCUCUGGUUACGAAACCGAAGAAAAGGCUGAAGUUUUAGCGCAUUUUCAACAAUUUGGAGAAAUAGUAAAUCAAAUAGUAGAUGACGCUACGCCUUCGAUCGUAAUCAAUUUUAAGUCAAGAAAAGAAGCUGAGAUAGCUUUAGUAAAAGGACGCACAUUUCAGGAUAGAUUGUUGUCUAUAACUUGGGUUUCUGGACAUCAUCUACAUCGUGGUGGCGGUGGUAGCAAUACAAACGCAUCUGUACAACUUUCUUCACGUUCCGAACAAGCACCACCUACCAUCGAUGAAGAUAUUGAUUUAGAAGUGAGUUCUUAAAACUUUUAGAUUGUAAUUUUUAAAAAAAUAAUUGUAUAUUAUUUUAUUUUUAUUAAAAUCUGCUCUUUUUCUGAUACACAAAUAAAUGAUAAAAAUAUAAGAUAUUUUGUCCGUCUUUCAUGUGAUGCAAACCUGUAUUUGUAUAACAGGGUAACGCUGAAGCAUUGCUUCUUGAAGAAAACGAAGAAGAAGAAGAUGAAGACGGUGAAUCGCGAAGCUGGCGGCGAUAG